AUGAGUGAGGCAGCUGUUUGCAAUGGAUAUGACCAACAGGAGACUAUCUCACAAACAGAAAUUACGAUCACUCCAAGCUCGUCAAGUUCAAGGGCAAAAACAUUGUCCGAGGAACAAGAGCAUGUUUCUCCGGAUCAUGUUAGUCGAUUUGACGAGGGUGAUAUGAAGAAUAACAAGACAAAAGAGUUUGAGUCGGCAAAACCAGAUCCAGAGGCAGCACCAAGAUGCUGUGUUGCUGAAACUGAAAAUGGUAGCGAGUGUAGAGAAGUUGCUAUUGACUGCUUGUCAACUGAAUGCGAUGGUUCACUUCUACACAAAGACAAGCUAGAAAAGAAAGAAACCGCGGUUGAUGACACCAAACAGGCUAAGAAAGACGCUCUUCGAGCACUGGAUGAUAAGGUUUCGCAGCUCAAGUCACUAGCCGUAUUAGCUAGUAAGGAGGGCAAAGACGACUGGGGUAAUCCCACUGAACAAAGAACUGAAGCUUUAGAGUCUCUUUUGGAGGUUUGUGCGCAACUACUUAAGCAGGAAAAAAUCGAUGAACUUGCUGGUGUGCUGAAACCAUUCAGGGAUGAUGGAAUGUCGUCUAGAGAAACAGCAAUCUGGUUGACAAAAAGUCUCAUGACUGCACAAAAGUUGUCCAAGGGGUCGUGA